UCCCUGGCAGGAACAAUCCGUAGGAGGAAAAAUGUGACCAGGCGCAGAACGGUCUGUGGCAACUUUGCUCCGCGUUGCACUUUCGGCACUGCCGCCCCAGGCGCGAUGCGCUGCCCCGGCGCGGGCUAGGCUAGCGCUGUGCUGCCCGCCGGCGGAGCCUCGCUGGCCAUGCCGGGGCUAGGCGGACUGUUCCGCUGUUACCUGGAAACCGGCCGCGAGGCGAGGCUGGCGGAGCGGCACACGGCGGCGGGCGCGCAGGACCCGGCCAGUGGCAACCCCCCUCCGCCCGUCGCGCCGGUUAGCUGGACGCAAGCCGCCCCCAUUGCCAGCCUCUCAGGGGAGGGGCGCCCCCCCCCCGAGCAGACCUGGGUGAAUGAAGCCCCGGGGCCCCGCCUCCUCUGCCUUAUAGCUCGGCGGCUGGCCCCUUCGGCCCACUGAGCGGGAGCCCGCCGCCAUGGGCUGGGGCAGCGCGGGCGCGGCUGGGCUGCUGCGGCUCCGCUCCCGCGCCAAGCCGGCGGCAUGACGCCCCCCCAGCUCUGUGUGUGGGGCGGCUUCAACCGCACCGCUCCCAGCAUGUGGGGCGGCGCCAGCGCCUCGCCGGAAGCCCCCAACAGCACGGCGCGCCCGGCGGAGGGAUGCGGCUCGGUCUCGGUGGCGUUCCCCUUGAGCAUGAUGCUGACGGGCACGGUGGGCAAUGCCCUGGCCAUGCUGCUGGUGUACCGCACCUGCCAGAAGAAGGAGAACACGCGGAAGAAGUCCUUCCUGCUGUGCAUCGGCUCCCUGGCGCUGACCGACCUCAUCGGCCAGCUCCUCACCAGCCCCGUGGUCAUCGCCGUGUAUCUGGCCAGCAGGAACUGGCAGGAGUUGGACCCCUCGGGCAACCUGUGCGCCUUCUUUGGGUUCUGCAUGACGGUCUUCGGCCUCUGCCCCCUCUUCAUCGCCAGUGCCAUGGCCGUAGAAAGGACCCUGGCCAUCCGAGCGCCUCACUGGUACGCCAGCCACAUGCGAACCAGGAUGACCAAGACUGUCUUGCUCAGCAUCUGGCUGGCAGUGUUUGCCUUUGCCCUCCUGCCCAUAGCUGGCUUAGGACGGUACACCCUGCAGUGGCCAGGCACCUGGUGUUUUAUCAGCACCGGGGACAACCACGAUGUGGGCAACACCUUCUUCGCUUCAGCCUUUGCCUUUCUGGGACUUUGCUCUCUGAUCGUCACCAUGGCAUGUAACUUGGCCACGAUCAAAGCUUUAGUGGCUCGGUGCAGGACCAAACCCUCAGCAUCUCAGUCCAGCAAGCAGUGGGGGAGAAUCACCAUGGAAACACUGGUCCAGCUGUUGGGGAUCAUGUGUGUUCUCUUUGCUUGUUGGUCACCACUGUUGAUUAUGAUGUUGAAAAUGAUCUUCAGUCACAAGUCGGUUGAACACUGCAAGCCAUCUGACAACACAGUUCAAAGCAUAGAACUGCAGAAAGAAUGCAAUUUCUUCUUGACGGCUGUCCGCUUGGCCUCUCUAAACCAGAUCUUGGACCCCUGGGUUUAUCUGCUAUUAAGAAAAAUUCUCCUCCGAAAGUUUUGUCAGGUAGCAAAUGCCAUCUCCAGUUGUUCUAAUAAUGGAUUGAAAGGGCGACCUAUCACGUUAACAGAUGAAAUCAGACAGACAGCAGCAUGAAAGAAUAUUGAUACACCUUGCAUGCAAAUUACUUUUGACAAGUAGUCUUAAGCCUUACUGUGAAUUUGGGCAUCUGUGGCAUGCCGGUGUCUCCACAUAACCAACUGCAGUAUAGUAGUACUUUUGAAUGGACAUAGAAUGCCAGAUAAUUAUGUAUCCGGUUUGCCAACAAUACAUAAAUAUAAACAAAGGAGUAUGGCCUAUUAUUAACAGUUACCUAAAAUUCUGGUCUCUUUAUGAUCCAUAGCUAAAACCAUUCAAGCUAAAGAAUGACUUUUUUUUCUGCUGUACACAUCAUGUUUUCUGAUUUUUCUUUCUUUGAAGGAGAAGAAUCAAUAAUUUUUAUGUCAGGUAACAUUUGAGACACAGAUUUAACCGCUUAAGUUAUUGAAAAGACUCAUUAUUGCACUUAAUUUUGACUCUAAGCUUAUCUGCUAGAUCCAGAUAUUAUUCCUACCUCCUUUUUUGGGGAAAAUGCAAGAGACUUGAGGAAAAAAAUAAUAGGAGUCCUUUCCUUUCUUUAGAUUUCAGUGAUUUGUUAGAAGAAUUGCCAAUGUCAUUGUGUAUAAUAAUGGUGUCCUCUUUCAAGUGCUGAAAGGCAGCAGGAGUUUUAUGUGCUACAUGGGCUUACCAUGGUAAUUACUGAUUUUUAGUGAAUGCAAGAAUAAACUCACCUGCCGCAAAGGAGAGGGGGCUUUGGGGAACAGCAGAAAGGUACAAUCUACCUUAUUAAAAAAAAUAAUAAACUUUGCACUUUUUUUUACAAGUAAUAUCUAUGAAACACCCAGGUGAGUGAAGCAUUGUUUCACGCUAUGGUGAUGUAGUCUACCUUAGCUAUUCACAGUAGAUAUCCCUUUCACAUAGCAAAAAACUCACCCAAUACCUUCAAAGAGCAGCUUUAUUUGUGAAGGUCAUGAUUCUGGGAACAGAAAGACUUUUCAGCUACCCUCUGGUGGUGGGCCCACCACAUACACAGCACCACUUUUUUACUUAAGCACCCUAAGGGUGGGUCACUCACAAUAUGAAAUAUCAGCCAAGAAACAAUAGAUUUUUCCUAAAAGCCAGCUUUGAGAAACAUGACAGCCUUGGGAUUUUUUUUUUCUUUUUUUAAAUCAAGCCCCAUUGUCAGCAGAAAUUUCAGUUGGAGGAUCUCAUUACUCAGAUCUUUCCUUGAGUAAUUUUCAGGUUGGAUUAUAAGCACUCACAUUUCUGCCGUAUUGUUUGAACAUCUUUUACUAACUCCCUUGUUUUCCUCCAGUUUUUCAUGGGCCCAUAACCUCUAACCUGUCCCAUUUAAUGGCCUUCUUUCUGGAUUAGAUCUCUAUGAAAUUGUUUGCAAGAAUAUACAUGCCAAAUUCUGGUCGGUUACACACAAAUGCAAGCUUGCUGAGAUUAGUGGAGAUACAUUUUCUUAGACCAUAUCUAAAUUCAGCCAUGGAAUUUCUAUCGGAGUUAAAGGAGGUUUGUACAUGGGAUUGGUACAAUAACUGUAUUUAUAUGUUAGAGUAUGAAAAACCAUUGGGCAGAUAAGGCCUUUAAAAUGGCAUAAUUGUACUUAAUAGCAAUGCAUAAUCGAAUGGAAAAAGUAGCUCUCAAGUUCAAACAUAAUUUUUGAUAUCACACUAGUCUGAUUUGGUAAUGGGCAAUAUUAGAAAUGUGCUACUGUAAAUACUCUUGUAGGUAAGUAUAACAUUCAUGGACAACUAAUCUUCCCUCUGUAGGUACACAUUGAAAUAGCAUGAAAUAUGAAAAUCCGAGGUGGCAGCCAGAAAGCAUUUGGCUAAUCACUUUUUAUGUCCUUGUGUCUAAUCAUCACCAUAAUGACAGACAAGAAAACAAAGUAACUGGAGUUAGAUUGGCAGUUAAUAUUGUAUAUCAAAGCCUCAGAGGUGAUUAUUUUUAAUGUGACAUCAGGACUCUGACAUCUCAAUGAUAAGUCAAGAAAUAGUGUAAAUUAUACUGAGGUACUUUGACAUUUUGUAAUCCACUGGUUUUACUUUAAAUCUACUUGCCUUCUUGUUCAGUUUCAUAGUGACACAAAAUAAACAUGCUUAUUCGGCCCAUAUCUGUCUGAAUAAAGAAGAAAUCAAGGACCUCAUCCAAAGCCCAUUGAAGCCAAUCAGUCACUAAGGGGUAGGGUUACACUGCAAAAAGAGAUGUGCUAUUAACUCGGGUUAAAUUAGCAGUGAACACAAGACAACUCAUCUUUUAACUCAGGUUAGCAAGUCGAGUUAAAGCCGAUAGGGGAGCUUGGGAUACUGCUCUACACUUACCCACUGGUUCGGCAGCAAGCAAUCGAUCUUCUGGGAUCGAUUUAUCGCCUCUUGUCUAGACGCGAUAAAUCUAUCCCGGAAGUGCUCGCCAUCGACGCCGGUAAUCCUGCUCCGUG